GAAGAGAGAGGAACUUCUAUAUUCAACAGAGUUCAACAUACAAACCAUCAACAUUACCUUCAUUCAACAUGCUGUCACUGCAUCAUUGUGUGUCUUCUCUCAUGUUUCUACUUCUUCUAAAAGGUGUCAGCUGUGAAGAACUGACUGCUGACAAGAAAGAAGAGUACAGUUUAGAAGGCAGCUCUGUUACUCUCUCCUACAAAUACUCCAAACUGUCAUCUAGUGAUAAUUUCUUCUGGUAUCGACAAUAUCCAGGAAAACCACCAGAGUUCAUCUUCUCUCAUUUAGGAAGUGGAGUAAAACUAAAUGAUCAAAUUUCUGGACUGUCUGUUGAAGUGAGUGAAGAUAAAACCAGAAUCCUGAUGCAGAUCUCCUCUGCUGCAGUGACACACUCUGCUGUGUACUACUGUGCUAAGGAUUCAGGAGAAGUUCCUGCAGAUUCCUCCUUCAGUCGGACCUUCUUGGAUGACGAUGAUCUGAAGCAUCAAGUGAAUGAGUCCAGAGAGUCAGGGGGAAUACGGGGGUCUCAAGAGGUAGCAGGGGGACAGUUGGGGUCUCGAGGCACAGGGGGAGCACUGGGGGUCUGCAGAGGUCCGGCAGCAGCGGGAACAGGUGUUUGCAGUGGUCCGGCAGCAGAAAGAACUGAGAUCUGCAGAGGAGGAAGUGUAACUGAGAGAAGUGAAAAUACAGAUCUAAGAGGAGAUGGAGAGAUUCAGGGAGGAGCUCAGAUGUUACUGAACUGUAGAAGAGAGAGGAACUUCUAUAUUCAACAGAGUUCAACAUACAAACCAUCAACAUUACCUUCAUUCAACAUGCUGUCACUGCAUCAUUGUGUGUCUUCUCUCAUGUUUCUACUUCUUCUAAAAGGUGUCUGCGGAGAAGAACUCACUGCUGACAAGAAAGAAGAGUACAGUUUAGAAGGCAGCUCUGUUACUCUCUCCUACAGAUACUCCAAACUGUCAUCUAGUGAUUAUUUCUUCUGGUAUCGACAAUAUCCAGCAAAACCACCAGAGUUCAUCAUCUCUCACUCUGCUUCAGGAGCAGUUGGAAAUUACCAAAUCCCUGGACUGAAGAUUGAAGUGGCGCAAAAGCAAAUCCUGAUGCAGAUCUCCUCUGCUGCAGUGACAGACUCUGCUGUGUACUACUGUGCUGUGAGGCCCACAGUGACAGGAAACACCAGAAGUUUGUACAAAAACCUUUGGAGCAAAGACAACACAAUACUCCACAACUUCCACCAGAGGGAGUCACUCUGUUAAACUUUAAGACGAUCACAGUUAAUGCUCAAACAACUCAAUCACCAUCAGAGAAGCUUCCAGUAAAGGUUCUCUUUCUGUCCACUGAAGUUUUAUCAUUAAAACUCAAACUGACAUGGAACAAUGAGACAGGCAGGGAUAUAUACACACAGACAGUAAACGAGGGAACAAGACACAGCUGGGGGAGAAAGGCAAAGACAC